AUGGCAAAAGCAAUAUCAUUGAACAAAACAGGAAAGGUCAGAGGAUCUACACCAAAAGUAGCAAAGGCAGACAAACCUAAGCCAAAGAAGGGAAGAGCAUCCAAGAGAGCAUUAUAUGAGAAGAGAGUAAGCAAGGGAUACUUCGAGGGAAUUAUGAAGAUGAACCCACAGGAGGUAAAAUAAUUCAUUUGCCAAAUAGAAUCUUAAUAAAGACUUAUUUAUAGG